GGCACGCUGAGUCAGGUCUGCUGUGCGAAGGGAGGAGGGCUCUCGUCUCUUAAAAUGAUUACAUAUCUUUUAUCAGAAACCCAGCUGUUUGAUGGCGGUCUCGAAAAUAUUGACACAACGCGUUUCCGUUUAGAGUUAAAAGCCGUGGUGUACGUCUACUUUGGAGCAAAACGGUGCAGGUGAAAUUUGAUAUCCUGCCUCUGGAGUCCAGAUUUUCUUUGUUUUUGUCGUGUGCAACAUUUCGCAACAAGUUCAGAAACUCCUGAACUUCCAAAAAUACUUGUCGUGUGCUAAUCCCGUGUUUGCAGUGUAUUUGAUGAGACUUGUUGCAGUACUUCUCAUUGUGCUCCAGAUGCUGGUCUGAUCAGCCAUUGUGGACGAAGGAAAAGGGGGCAAGGUCUAGUUUAGUGCCCGCCGGCUACACUGUUAGCUGAGUGCAUGAAAGGAGCUGCUGUAUGAACACUUGGAUGAGCCAUGAAGCUGCUGGCCCAGGACAAAUCGCUCAGUAUGCAACCGGGAAUGGAUUAGUAUAAUUUCGAUUCGUGUUUUUCCGAGGUUCAGUGAAUGCACUUUAUUUUACAUAGUUUGUAGCAAUUUUUUCUAGUGCUCAAACCCAAAAAAUGAGCAGAUAGUGGGGCUACUUGUUGCGGAGGUUUGUGAUUUGAUGUAAGAGGAGGAGAAGAAAAGAAGUCCAGCACUUUGUCCUGCCGGAGGAAGUUGUUUGGCUGUUUUCUGUCACCACGUCUUCAUCACCCCACAACAGCAACAGGAAGAUGGCACCCAAACAGCCCUGGACUCAGAGCAUUAUCACUUUGUGGUCCUUACUCUGCCUGAUCCAGAGCAGCCCGGCAACAGAUGUCCCGGAGGAAGAAGGCUUCAAUGCUGAGGCGUGGCUUCGUAAAUUUGGCUACCUGUCUCAGGCGAGCGGUCAGAUGUCCACCAUGCAGUCGGCUCAGAUUCUUUCCAAAGCCAUCGGUGACAUGCAGCGCUUCUAUGGCCUGGAGGUGACCGGAGAGAUGGACCCUGCUACUGUUGUGGCGAUGCGUCUGCCCCGCUGUGGCCUCCCAGACAGAAAGGCAGAGGAGAUUGAUGUUGGUGCUAGAAAGAAGCGCUACACUCUCACUGGAAAGCAGUGGGACAAAGACCACAUCACCUACAGUUUAUUAAAAUAUCACGCGUUGCUGGGCGAGGAGCAGACGUACAAAGCUAUCCGCAGCGCCUUCGAUGUGUGGAGACGGGUCACGCCGCUCACCUUUGAGGAGUUACCUGCUGAACACUACAACCACAGCAUCAACGGCAGCAAGUCAGAGCUCUCUGACAUCCUGUUGUUGUUUGCCUCUGGUUACCACGGUGAUAUGUCAUUGUUUGAUGGCGAGGGAGGGUCGUUGGCCCAUGCCUACUACCCCGGACCAGGAAUCGGUGGGGAUGUACACUUUGAUGAAGAUGAGCCUUGGACAUUGGACAAUAAAAACCCAGAAGGUAUUGACUUCUUCCUGGUUGCGGUCCAUGAGCUCGGUCACGCUUUGGGUCUGGAGCACUCUGAUAACCCCAGCGCCAUAAUGGCUCCUCUCUACCAGUGGACUCACACACAUAACUUCUCCCUACACGAGGAUGACAUCAGAGGAAUACAGUACAUAUACGGCCCCCCCCUCCCCACGGCUGCUCCACCCACCUCUCCUCCCCCCCAUGACAACAAUCCUGACGAUGACUACCCCACCUCCUCCUCUCCACCCGAAGAUAAACCCACCUCAACUUCUCCCACCGACCCCCCGCCCAACCCGCCUGACCGCAGCCCACACCCCCCAGCCCCCCCGGAGCCGAGCCUCAGCCCUACCUCUCCUCCCGUCCUCCGCACCUCCACCUCCACCUCCACCCCCACAGACUCUCAGCCUGACCCUGUCACCCCGUACGUCCGAAGAGAUGUCCCGCCUCCUCCGCCUCCUCCUCAGCCCCCUGCUCCUCCCCGCCCUCCCAAACUGCCCGACAACCAGCCCCCCAAUAUCUGUGACGGGGACUUUGACACGGUGACCAUGCUGAGGGGGGAGAUGUUUGUUUUUAAGGGUCGCUGGUUCUGGCGUGUGCGGAGGAACCAGGUCUUGGAUAACUACCCCAUGCCCAUAUCAGUCUUCUGGAUCGGCCUGCCUAGUGACAUUGACGCAGCCUACGAGCGCCACGAUGGAAAAUUUGUCUUCUUUAAAGAUGAACAAUACUGGGUGUUCAGGGAGGCUGACGUCGUGCCGGGAUACCCACAGCCUCUACAUCAGUACGGACAGGGAGUUCCUGCUCACAAGAUUGACACAGCAAUCUGGUGGGAGCCCAAUGGAUACACAUACUUCUUCAGUGGAGACAGAUACUGGCGAUACAAUGAGGAGACCCGCACUACAGACCGUGACUUCCCAAAACCGAUAGAAAGAUGGGGCAAAAUCCCUCAUUCACCCAAAGGAGCCUUCCUCAGCGAUGACAGCGCUCACACCUAUUUCUACAAAGGCUCCAACUACUGGAGGUUUGACAAUCACAAGUCAGAACCAGAGAAAGGCUACCCUCGCUCCAUCCUGAAGGAUUUCAUGGGCUGUGUGGGGGCCCCUGACCCAAAGCCCGACACGGACACCGAGCAGGAACCAAAACACAAACCAGUGGACCCUUCAGAUCGAGGCAGAGAUGAGCACAAAGAGCCGGACAGCGGCAAAGACUCUCAGCCUGACAACACAGAGGAGGAGGAGGAGGACAAAGAGGUCAACGUGGUUGUGACGGUGGCCGACAAUGAAUCAAAGGUCAUGACUCUGAUCAUGGUGAUUGUUCCUCUGCUCCUCAUCCUGUGCAUCCUGGUCCUAAUCUACGGCAUCCUCAGGACUCUACAGAAGAAGGAAACGCCGAGGGCCUUGGUGCACUGCAAGCGUUCGUUGCAGAACUGGGUGUGAGGCACAGACUUUGAAGCGAUAGAGCCAGAUUUCAUCACUUUUCUUCUACGGCCGUUGGCGUCAGAGUUUGUACUUACGUCAGAGUGGAAAGCAGCUUUGACGCAAGUUUAAGAAAGCCACAGAUGAGUCACCGCUUUGGGCCCCAUUCAUUGUGAGAACUUCUAUUGCUCAUGUGAAAUAAUGCAAACCUGGUCAAAUCAUUGCCAGUCGACCUACAGUGUUUCUCCUGUGCCUCCCUUUGUGCCUUCUAAACAUCUGAUAAAUAACCUCUUUUUCUUAAAGGAAAAAACUAUAUAUUCCUAUCCCAGCGUUCAAAAACAAGUUUCAGGCACCGAAUGUCAGAUGACACACUUUUUUUAAUCAAUUCUUAUUGUACAGAGAAGGGACCGAAGAUUUUUUGUAGUAUAAAUGCAGACAAAGUCGAUAAUGCACAUACAUUACACAGUAGCACACAUAUGUACAUACACACAUGAGUGCUUAUAGCUAUACACAUACAUGCAUUAAAGGGGACCUAUCAUGCAAAAUGCACUUUUGUUCGUCUUUUAUACAUGAAUAUGUGCCCCCGGUGUGUCAGAAAACACAACCCUCUCUCUUUUCCUCCAUACCCAAAUCUCUAAAAAAUGGGGCUGCAACG